AGUAAAAGCCGAAAAAGAAGAGUCAUUGUUGCAGAUAUUUUCAAUUCUUGUCCAAAUCUGAUCUGUAACGGACACGCACACCACACACAUAAUUGCAUACACGAUAUAAAUCAAUCCUUCACUGCAAUUAUGGUGGUGUAUGCAUCGGUUAUGUGUGUGUAGUGGGUGGGCUGAGCUGUAGGGUUCGCCUUUUUGAAGAACUUGUUGGGAAUGUUCUUUGGCUUUUGUUCUACUCUGAAGUAAUUCUCUUCAGUAUUGGAUCGACAUACCCUCUCCAUUCUAUUUUGUGCUUUUCUUUACUCCAUUAUCGAAGAUGAUUUUGAUUUGACGAAACCUUUCUUUAGCUUUCUUCAGAGCUUCACAGGUCUCUCUACACGGCUUCGUCGCCAAAGAUAUGGUGGCGUUAGAUUGCUGAGGAUUUGCUUUUGAAUUUCAGGAGGUUUGAUUAUCUUAAAAGAGGUUUGAGAUGGCGACCUUCAAGGAUAUAGGGCUUGCAGCAGGAAUUAAUAUUCUGACUGCUUUCAUCUUCCUCAUAGCAUUCGCCAUCCUAAGGCUUCAGCCAUUUAACGACAGAGUAUAUUUCCCGAAAUGGUACCUCAAAGGACUGAGAACAAGUCCACAAUCGGGAGCAUUCAUGAGCAAAUUUGUCAAUAUCGACUGGAGAUCAUAUAUUAGGUUCCUCAAUUGGGUGCCAGAAGCCUUGAAGAUGCCCGAGCCGGAGCUCAUCGAUCAUGCCGGCCUGGAUUCUGCCGUUUAUCUGCGAAUUUACUUGUUGGGGCUUAAGAUUUUCGUUCCGGUGACAUUGUUAGCGUGGGCAAUCCUAGUGCCGAUAAACUGGACGAACGAUACAUUGGCAAAGGCUGGAGUGCAAGAUAAAGUCCUGUACAGUGAUAUAGACAAGCUUUCUAUUUCGAAUAUCCCACUCGGAUCCAAAAGGUUUUUGGCUCAUAUGGUUAUGGCCUAUGCCUUCACUUUUUGGGUAUGCUACACUCUGCAGAAGGAAUACGCAACGGUUGCUGCAAUGCGCUUACACUUUCUUGCUUCAGAAAGACGUCGUCCUGAUCAAUUUACGGUUCUUGUUAGAAACGUACCGCCAGACCUAGACGAGUCAGUGUCGGAAUCUGUGGAACAUUUUUUCCUCGUCAACCAUCCGAAUCAGUAUCUGACUCAUCAGGUUGUGGUUAAUGCGAAUAAACUUGCAAAACUGAUAAAACAGAAAGAGAAGAAGGAAAAUUGGCUGGACUAUUAUGAAUUAAAGUAUUCGAGGGAUCCAUCGAAACGGCCUAUGACGAAGACGGGUUUUCUUGGCUGUUGCGGUGAUAAAGUAGAUGCUAUCGAAUAUCAAACAGCCGAAAUCGAGAGGCUGAAAGGAGAAAUAGCCGAGGAGCGCAAGAGGGUGAAAAACGAUCCGAAGAACAUAAUACCGGCAGCUUUUGUCUCCAUGAAAUCGCGGUGGGGAGCUGCUGUUUGCGCGCAAACGCAGCAAACUAGAGAUCCGACGAUAUGGCUAACCGAGUGGGCUCCUGAGCCCCGAGACAUCUACUGGAACAACCUUGCGAUUCCCUACAUUUCGCUGAAUGUUAGGAGGCUUAUUAUUGCCGUUGCUUUCUUCUUCCUUACGUUCUUCUUCAUGAUCCCCAUCACCAUCGUUCAAUCGUUCGCAAAUAUUGAAGGUAUCCAGAAGAGGCUACCGUUUUUAACCCCGAUCAUCGACAUAGGUUUCAUCAAGUCUUUCGUGCAAGGCGUUCUGCCGGGGAUCGUUUUGAAGAUCUUUCUGAUAGUCCUACCAACGAUUCUGAUGAUGAUGUCCAAAUUCGAAGGCUUCAUUUCGAUUUCGUCACUGGAGAGACGAGCUGCCUUAAGAUAUUAUCUCUUCAACUUCAUAAACGUCUUCCUCGUGAGCGUAAUCGCCGGCGCUGCAUUCGAACAGCUCAAUAGUUUCCUCCAUCAGUCCCCAAAAGAUAUCCCCGUGACAAUUGGCGUCGCAAUCCCUAUGAAAGCGACUUUCUUCAUCACCUACGUGAUGGUUGACGGAUGGGCCGGCGUCGCCGGCGAGAUCUUGCGACUGAAGCCGUUGAUCAUCUAUCACCUGAAGAAUUUCUUCAUUGUCAAAACCGAAAAGGAUCGGGAGGAGGCCAUGGAUCCCGGCAGCAUCGGAUUCAACACUGGCGAACCCCAAAUACAGCUCUACUUCCUUCUUGGCCUCAUCUAUUCGAUCGUGACGCCCGUUUUUCUUCCUUUCAUUUUGGUCUUCUUCGCCUUGGCAUACGUCGUUUAUCGCCAUCAGAUCAUAAACGUGUACAACCAAGAAUAUGAAAGCGGCGCGGCGUUUUGGCCAGACGUACAUGGGCGCAUCGUCUUCGCCCUCAUCUUCUCGCAGAUCGUUCUGUUCGGAUUAAUGAGCACAAAACAUGCUGUCGCGUCGGCGCCGCUCCUCAUCGCGCUCCCGGUGUUGACGUUCUUCUUCCAUCGCUUCUGCAAAGGCCGUUACGAAUCUGCGUUCGUUAAAUACCCUCUACAGGAAGCGAUGAUGAAGGACACGCUGGAGCGCGCGCGGGAGCCGGGAUUGAACUUGAAGGGAUACUUGGAGUACACUUAUGUCCACCCGGUUUUCAAAAACGACGACGAUGAAGAUGACAACGACGAGAGCUUCGACGGGAAGGUGGACGGCGCCGUGCUGGUCCCGACGAAGCGGCAGUCGCGGCGGAAUACUCCGAUCCCUAGCAAAUUCAGUGAGACGUCGUCGCCGUCGUUGCCGGAAGUUGUAACUGAAAACGGUAAUGAACCGUGAAUGUAGUAAUGUGUGUUUAAUGUAAAAUUAGUUAUAGAUUUUGGUUGUAGGAAGAAGUUAAGUUGAGAAACGCCUGUGGACUCUGAAAGAGUUUAAUUUGGUUGCGGUAAAAGUGAGCUUGUAGAUAACUUUUUAACCCUAUCGAAAUUCUAAACUUCCUCUCCCUGAUAA